AUGAGCCGGAGAUGGACCGGCCUACUGAUGACCGUGGCGGUUCUGAUCGUCGCAUUGCUCGUGACGGUAACGGUGGCACGGCGACAUCACUUGGAAGUUCGGGAUGAUUUCCGACGGUACAUUUUGCUCAGUACGUUUGGAUUUUAUGCUGGUGGCGUACUGGAUGUGCGGGUGUCACACUUUCGUGUAGAUCCCGGUACAGAAGAAAACAUGUUUGGUCUUUCGCUCGAUAAAACAAUGUCUGAUUCGAUGAACCCGUAUUUGGAUUCGCAUCAGGACAAGUGCAUUCUCACCGAACCAGUCGCUGUACAAAGCAAUGGACCUAUUGUGUUCUUUAAGAUGGAUCUGAAACAGAAUGUUGUGCAUGUUAGUUGCUCCAAGGACUGGCAGAAUAUUCACCUGUACAAAGACCGCAGCGGUGUGCCAGCACUUCGCUCGAAGCGUCAGUCAUUCGCGCAAGCCAGCGAUUCUAAGAUGGUGUAUAUGCAACGACGUCGCCGGGCCGUAUAUCAUGUACCAGAGUCCAAUGAUUUUGCCCCAGCAGUGGAAACUGCCGAUGUGGCAACGGUCUGCAGUAAGCUAACACUGCCGCUAGAGGUGAAAAAAGACGACAUGUUCAAGUACUACAGCUUUAAUUUUGCCAUAUACGUUGCUACGAAGAACGAGGAAGGACUGUACAAUCUAUAUUUUCACAGUUGCCCAAACUACUCGCCGAACAGUCUGUACGAGCUGAAUUUUAACGUCGAUAUUGAGGAGAAUAAUAGUGGCAACUAUCUAUCGGCUGGUGAGAUGCCGUUGCCGGCACUGUACUUCAUGAUGUCCGUACUGUUUUUCCUCUCCGGACUGUUUUGGGUGUUUAUACUGCGUAAAAGUAAACAUCCGCUGUUCAAAAUACACUACCUAAUGGGUGUGCUGGUGUUCCUCAAGUCGCUGUCGUUGAUGUUCCACGCGAUUAACUACCAUUUUAUAGAAGUGCAGGGUGAACACGUCGAAGCUUGGGCUAUUCUAUACUACAUCACGCAUCUGCUCAAGGGUGCGGUGUUGAUCAUCACCAUAGUACUCAUUGGCACCGGGUGGACAUUCAUCAAGCACAUAUUGGCGGACAAGGAUAAGAAGCUUUUCAUGAUCGUCAUACCGUUGCAAGUGCUGGCCAAUGUGGCAGAGAUUAUUAUCGCCGAAAGCGAUGAGGGUGACAAGGAGUAUAGCACCUGGCGGGAUAUAUUCAUGCUAGUCGAUUUGCUGUGCUGCGGUGCGAUCCUGUUUCCCGUCGUAUGGUCCAUCCGGCAUCUGCAAGAAGCGGCCGGUACGGACGGUAAAGCGGCUAUCAAUCUGCGCAAGCUCAAACUGUUCCGCCAGUUUUACAUCAUGAUCGUAUGCUACAUAUACUUCACGCGCAUUAUAGUAAUCUUGCUGAAGAUAACCGUCGCAUUCCAGUACGCUUGGCUGGAUGAAAUGUUUAAGGAGAUGGCCACUUACGUGUUCUUCGUGCUGACCGGGUACAAAUUCCGACCCGUUUCGCAGCAUCCCUACUUUUCCGUGCAUGGUGAGGAUCUCGACGAUGAGGACGAUGAUGGUGAAGUCAUCUUCACACAAUCAGGGUUGAGUGAUGGCAUCAGCAAGAUUACCAAUCGAUCCCAACCAUCGUCCACUAUUGCGUCUGGUGCAACGCUGGUAGAAUCGCACGAAGAGGAACGUGAGAAUUUGAUUAGCAAGCGGGAAUCAUCCCACGAGUACGAUUAG